CAAACCCGCUGGGAUUUGCAAUGCAAGCAGCCUUUCCAGGUUUCUUUUCUGCUUUGCUCCCACCCUGCAGUUGGAUUUGAGAUCAUGUCGGUUAAUAUUGUAGCUUUUGGGAAUGAAAGAGAUGGUUUUUCUGAGGACAAUCAGCAGCCCAGCCUGAUCUGGAGUUAUCUUGGGAGAAGUGCUCUCAUUUCCCAGAUCGACAGCAGCUUGUCUUUCUACGUUGGAAACCCAGUUUUUACUGAGUAUCAAGCCUGCGUAUUUGGAAAUGUCAGACUAGUGGUACAUGACUGCCCUGUCUGGGGUAUAUUUGACAGUGACUGGUACACUUCCUGCAGGCUCAUUGGAGGAGCUGAUAUUAUUGUGAUUAAAUACUCUGUCAAUGACAAGACUUCAUUUCAAGAACUAAAGGACAGCUAUGUGCCAAUGGUAAAAAAAGCACUAAAUCACUGCUCAGUUCCAGUAAUAAUUUCUGCUAUUGGAGCAAGAAAAAACGGAGUGCCUUGCACCUGUCCCCUGUGCACUUCAGACAGGAGGAGCUGUGUCACAACCUCUGAAGGAGUCCAGCUUGCAAAGGAACUUGGAGCCACUUACCUUGAACUGCACACUCUUAAUGACUUCUACAUCCAGAAAUACUUUGGAGGAGUGCUGGAAUAUUUUAUGAUCCAAAGUUUGAAUCAGAAGUCAUCUCAAAAAACGAAGAAAAGGAAAAAGACGCAGAAGUGCCAUCGAGUUCAACCACCUCAGCUUGAGCAGCCAGAAAAGAUGCCGAUCCUGAAGGGCGAAGCUUCGCACUACAACGCAGACCUGCACAACCUGCUCUGCUGCUGCCAGUGUGCAGAUGUGGCCUUCUACCCUGAGGACCUCAGCACGGCAGUGGAGGCUCACAAGAUCAUCCUCUGCUCUGUCAGCCACCUCUUCAUGUUGCUCUUUGGGGUGAAGAGACCGUCUGAUGCCCACGAUGCCUCCACUGUGCAGCUGGCACAGAGCCUCUUUGUGGUGGAGGCAGGUGAUCCCUUCCCCUCCUCCCCCCGUGGUGUCCCACCCUGUGUCCCACCAGUCAGGGUGGUGGUGAAGGAUUCUGUCUUCUGCUCUUGUCUCCCGGACAUCCUCCACUUCAUUUAUUCAGGUGCUUUCCAGUGGGAACGAUUAGAAGAGGACAUAAGAAAGAAGCUGAAGGAUCCAGAUAAAACAGAACAUGUGCUUGAGAAAGUUAAAUGCAUCCUGAAAACUCCAGGGAAGCUAAACACUGUACAAGACUGCAAGUCUCACCAGAUAAAACAGCUCUAUAAUACUUCUCUCAGGCUAUUCUUUAACACACCUGUGCUGGCUGAUGUAAUCUUCAAAAUACAAGGUGCAACUGUACCAGCCCACAGGGCAGUUCUGGUGGCUCGCUGUGAGGUUAUGGCAGCGAUGUUUAAUGGUAAUUAUUUAGAAGCAAAUAGCAUUCUGGUUCCAGUGUAUGGGGUUUCCAAAGACACUUUCCUGUCCUUCCUAGAGUACCUUUACACUGACUCCUGCUGCCCAGCCAGUAUUCUCCAAGCGAUGUCUCUGCUGAUCUGUGCAGAGAUGUACCAAGUAAUGAGACUCCAGCAUAUUUGUGAACUUUACAUCAUCACGCAGCUUCAGAGCAUGCCUAGCAGGGAGCUGGCUUCCACAAGUCUCAGUAUUGUCAGCUUGCUCAAAAAAGCUAAGUUUCACAAUUCUGAUUGCCUUUCAACUUGGCUACUUCAUUUUAUUGCCACUAACUACCUCAUCUUCAGUCAAAAGCCUGAAUUUCAAGAACUUUCAGUGGAAGAGCGCAAUUUUGUAGAGAUGCACCGAUGGCCUUCAAAUUUGUACCUGAAGCAGCUUGCUGAUUACAGGAACUAUAUCCACUCUCAGAAAUGCCACUGCACAGUAAUGUAAAGAGACUGAAUACACAUAAAGUGCAUCUCAACUGCAAAAUUUUGCAUUGGGGAUUAUAUAGAAUAUAAAAACCAUGUCAAGAGUGAAACCUGAUGCUGACCUCCUCCAGAAAUUACAGACAUUCUUUUUUUCGCUAACAAAUAACUCUUAUUUUUACCUUGAAGCAUUGAGAAAUGGACAUUGGAGAUUUAUUUUAAGCACAAGGACUUCAUAUUCAUGGGGAUUAAAUGUAUUAGAAGACAGUGCCAUGACUGUCUUCUGCUCCCCUUUCUAAUUUCCUUUUGGUUUAUUUUAUUGUUUUUCAUGGUUAUUUGUGGCUGCUAAACUGAAUCUGUUGAAAAUAGACUGGUUCUGUAAAUCUGUGUGUAAUAGAAGCAUAGGGUUACAGUAGCAGUGCAGGGAAACUGAGAAGCCAGGUCGUAAGUUCUUCAUAUACUUCAGGAUACAAAAAUUUUCUGCAGCAUUUUUUAGUUCACAAUAUAAUGGGUAGGCUUAAGAAGCAUUGUAGUUACUAUUAAUUUAUUACUCCAGAGAAGGCCUGUAGUUCUGUUAAAACCCUAUGAGUAGAUAUUUUAUUCAGACGAAUGCCUAUGCAUUACAGUAUUCUCUAGUGCCUCCAAAUAUCUAAAGAAUGACAUAAUUUUUCCUGCCAGUAGGUAGGAGAAGAAAGCCUGUUUUCACACUCUGCAGAACACCUUUGUUAUUGUGGUCAUAUUGUAUUUUUCCCCAUGAGGAAUGAAGAGUGGGAAAACUAUGUAUAGUCAGAGUAUAUCUGUAUGGUACUGAUGGACAGGGAAGAAAGGUAGAGGAAUCAACAGCCUUUCUUGGGGUUUGAGGAAAAAAACUCACUAGAGGAAGUGGCUUUUUUGGGAAAAGUGUGUCUAGUAAUUCUAGUCACCACAAUACAUGUUAGAUGUGUGUCAUCAAGGAGAUGACCCUCGCAGAUUUGCCAGUGCUGCCAGGGUUGUUGGCUUUUGUGGUGGGACUUCGAUCUCAAACCUCCCCAGCAGGGAUUCAGUUCAAGUUUAGUUAUCAUUCUGUGCCUGUAAGCUACACCAUGUGAGACAAACCUAGCUGUGGAUCCUUUCUGAGAUACAAGAGGAAAACCCAGAAUAUUAUGACUGGCAUGAUUCUUGCAGAUGCUAUUUAGAAUCUUUAUUUUCUUGACCAAAAUAACUUGUCAUGCUGCUGACUUGUAUUUACAUAGUAUGUGCUAAUGCCAAAAUGAACCCAGCCUUUUCCUGAGCAUAGGUGCUUUUCUAGAAGCAAAAUCUAAUCAAGGAACUAAAUGCCUCAUUGUCAUUCUUGAACUUUCAGUUCUGGUUUUUCAUCUGCCUUUGUAAUGUGGUAUGUAGCCUGAGACGGUGGCAUUUCUACCACAUCAAAUGUACCUGGAAACUGCAUCUGUGAGAAGGUGGAAAGACAAAUUGCUGGAGAUUAAUCUUUUUUUUUUUUUUUUAAGAUAUAAGAAUAUUUUUCAACACUGUUUUAUAGAUAAACUGUUCUUUUC